CGGACCCCUAUAAAUAAGAGGAACAGUUUCAAAAUUAAUAGCGGGGGUUUCCGUUCCUUCUUUGAUCCGGCGAUUUCAGUAUGAGUUCCUGCCGUUCAAGGCUCGUAUUCAUGUGGUUGUUGUUUAUCUUCUCCGUCGCAACACUCACAGACGGAGAAUCUUCGACAUGCCUGACGGUGUACGAAGAAGGCGGCGCGCCGGCGGUGUUUCUGUCCCCAAAGUGCCCUCGCUGGAAACUCUCGAAUCAGGGCUCCGAAUCAAGGCAUCAUCCAUCGCCCAAAUCCGGCUGUCACGUGGCCUUGCAUCAAGGGCGCCGCCAGCAGCUGGAAGAUCGCGCCAUCUGCGCUCUAGACAUUCGCGUUCCUUUCCUCGGCCCAAAUGGCAUCACUGAGGUCACAGUUGGUAUUAUUGGAAUAUUUGAUGGCCAUAAGGGUGCUGAAGCAAGUGAGAUGGCAUCAAAGUUGUUGCUCGAGUACUUUACAGUGCACACCUUCUUUCUACUCGAUACAACCUAUUCUCUCCUAUUGAGGAAGUUAAGGGGAUGGCUGCCGAACGGAAGGAGAAAUAAUGUACUUCAAGACCUGAAGUGGGAUGAGGAAUUGGAUCAUCAUCAUCUCAAAUUUGGGCGGUUUAAGCUGAGUUUGUCAUCAGUCUUUGAUGAAUCUUUUCCAUUACAAAUACUCAAAGAGGCAGUGCUAAGAGCAAUUAAUGACAUUGAUGCAUCAUUUUCAAUGGAUGCUUUUAGAAACAAUUUUGAUUCUGGAUCUACUGCCACAAUUGUACUUUUGGCAGAAAAUCAGAUUUUUGUGGCCAACAUUGGCGAUUCCAAGGCAUUUUUGUGCUCUGAGGAGAGUAAAAGUGUUAAAGAGGCUCGAGCUGCGUUAUUGAGAAUGUAUAGGCAGACACGAAUGGAUGGGAUUUUUCAACCAUUCAGAAAUUAUCGCACAUUUGAAUCAGAAGUUUCAGAUCGAUGGUCACCAUUUUCUGCUAAGGAGUUGACUCGAGAUCACCACCCAGAUAGGGAUGAUGAACGGUCUCGAGUGGAGUCUGCUGGGGGAAGUGUCUCUGAAUGGGGUGGUGUUGCUCGGGUUAAUGGUCAGUUGGCUGUUUCUAGAUCCAUUGGGGACAUAUACCUGAAAAGUUAUGGUGUUAUAUCUGUUCCUGAGAUCACUGAUUGGCAACCUUUGGCAGAAAACAACAGCUAUUUGGUGGCUGCAUCUGAUGGUGUUUUUGAACAGCUAAGCCCACAGGAUGUCUGUGACAUAUUAUCGAGCUUAGAUGCAGAUAUCAUUGUUAGGCCUGAACUAAAUUCUUCUUGCAUGUAUUCCUUAGCAGAGUGCAUAGUAAAAGCUGCUUUUGAAAAGGGAAGUACUGAUAAUAUGGCAGCUAUAAUACUUCCAUUUAAGUCGAAAGCGCCUUUGAAUACUCUUCCUGAUGUGAAUUGUGAUGGAUUGGGUAUAUCUGAUUGCCCAGCUUCAGGACAAGAGGAUUAUUCCAUCGCACAGUCGCGUAAGUUGCACCAUUUUUUGCUUCAUAAAGCAUAUUGAUUAUUUUUAAGCUAGGCCUGAACAUGGGAGACAGUAGACUGGGAGAAGAUUUUAUGCUUCUAAUUGGACAUUAUGCAGUGACAUUGACAAAUGCACCAAUGAUAUUUCUAAUGCAUCUUAGAUGAUUUUGCUUUUAUGUACUCUAGCAUCUAGGUUUGAAGAUAUUUUGGAGCUUAUAACUAACAUCUUAA